ACUGCUGACCACAACAACAACAGACAGGUGGAUCCUCACACUGAUUACCUUGAUAACACCUGUGAAGCUAUUAACAAAAAUGUGAAAACCGGAAAAAUGUAUUCUCUACAAACAUUAUUUCUGAUAAUAGUGGUCCUCUACUAUAUUAUCACAAGGGGCUUUCCAAGACUUCUCUCAUGGCUGAUUGUGGCCAAGUACCAGACAGAGAUCAAGAUAGGAAGAAUAUCUCUGCUGCGACUCAGUUUUGAGGAGGUCCUUAUUAAGAAAUCUGGCCUUAGUAUUAAAGUUGAUAGGGUUGGUGCUACUAGCAGCCUUUUUAACCAAGAGGAAAGAAAAAUAUUUGCUAUUAAGGUGCAUGAUGUUCGUAUUGAAAAGGAGGUGUGUGAUAAACGGGGCAAAGGAGCUCAAGCUGAAGCUGGAAGUAUGGAGGCCAUGUUUGCUGCUGCAUCCACAUCAAAUUCAGCUUCACAGCUUGAACCAGAAGUUAUUAAACUCAGAAUCUCACCAUCCGUCGUGACUCUUGCACAGUUCUUUGGGAUGCACAUUAUGAGUGUGAGUGUGAUGUAUCUACGGGAGAAGUGGCCCGAGUGUCUCCUUCAUGCUUCAGCAGAGAAGAUCACCGUGGAGGGAGCUACAUUAAACCAGUCUAAUAUUGCUGACUUCAGUCCCUCCUACAUAUAUCUGAAAGUAAGUGUAAGUGGAGCCCACCUCAAGGUACUUCAGCAUGUAGGAGGAGAUGAGAAGAAAGCAGCAGCAUCUGGUGGAAUUUCUGGCCCUGGUCAAGAUCCAUCACUUGUGGAGUGUGCGGUGUCACUCAAGCUGUCUGUUGAGGCUAAUGCUGAAACUGUAGCUGCCAUGGAAAACAUCUCUAUGCAGUUGAAUCAACCGCAGGUUACUAUACGGGAGCGAUUGUUUACAUUCCUAGAACACAAGGCACUUGCUGCUACACCUGUCGUCAGCCCUACACAUACUUCUUCCACCAAUAAGCCAUCAAUGCAGGUGUUGCUUCAUAGAUAUUGGCUGUUUCUUCCCUUGAAAUUUCAGGUGAAAGUAGAAGACAUUGGUGUGAAAUUUGUGAAUAGUCUUGGUCAGAUGGCCCUACAAGGAUCCCUAGCUGGUAUUGACCUCCAGACUCACCUUAACCGUGAGGGAGCAUUAGAGAACUUGCCAGCCCUUCUACCAGACUUCAGCACAGAGUUACAGGUGGAUAACACAAGAGUCCAGUAUACUCAUGACUCUUCAGUUUCUCUCAAUAGAUUUAACUUACAGACUCAGUUUGUUGGCGAUCGAGUCAAUAUGAAGAGUGAAUUCAGAUCCCUCCACAUAUCUUACGACCACCGUGAUCUAGGUGUCUGGACCACCUACAUGUCCCGACGGAAAUCUCUACCUCAUGUACAGAGUUAUGGUGCAGAACCAGGAAGCAGAGGGAAGACUGCAGCUUGGAAGACUCUGCUGCACCGGUAUUGUGUUGGUAUGAUUGUGGAAAUGUGGGAUGUUAGUUGUGGAGGAUCAAUGCCUGGAUCCUCAUCUGGUCAGACUACCCUCCAACACGCACGUUACUGUGUUGCAGUGUCUCAGUGGACUACACAAGUUGCUGGUGAAUUAAUUCUAGAAUCUUUAGUGGCCACUCUUGGACAAGUUCGGCAUAGUGUUGCACCGACAGUAUCAUCAGUAGCAGCUGCUGCAGCCCCCAAAAGAGUUCAUAUGUGGGGAACACCAGCCUGUAUUGGCCUUUGUCUUGUCCAGCUCUCCUCGAUGCCUCCUCCUAGUGGCAGGAGUAGUAAUUUCUUGCCUCCCCUCCAAGCUGAAGCACUAGUUGAUAAUAUGCAACUAGAAUGGAGUCCUGAAUUAGGUUCAUUCAUCACAUCUCUUGUUAGAUAUUCACAGGAGCUUAAACACUCCUCUAGAACCAUUAAACCUCAUAAGGUGCCGGAUGAAGCAAAUCCAGCCUCAGGAGAGACCUUCAACAGUAUUAGUGUUAACUGCACCAACAUCAACAUAUUUGCUGUAACAGAACAAAAGGUUUCCUUGAUGGCACGAGUUGAUAGUCUAGAGAGCCAGAAGACAGCCAAGAAUUCUAAAACAACAAUAGUAGGAACCAAGCUACUUCGGUUUGUUCCAUCAGGCAGUCAGUACACAUGUAUUAAGUCCUCAGAGAUUAAGGGUGAGUGUGGACAAGUAAGUGAGGUUGUCUUGGAAGUUGUGAAUGGAGAAGUGUUGAUUAAUGUAAGUAAUCAGCUGCACCUGACCUGGUCCACCACAACACACAUGACUCUCCUAACAUUAGCCCAAGAAUUGGCUGCUUUUCACAGGGAUGUCAAGCCAGUGUCAGUGUCGGAAAAGGAGCAAGGACCUGGAGAAGCAGCUGUUAAGGAUGAAGCUGAAGAACAAACGGGACUACAGCUUCAGUUGAUUGCCAGAGGAGACAUUAGAGUUGGGGCUGAGCUGUCAAAACGUCACCAGAUGUACUUUAUUCUGGGUGAGAUAACUUACCUGAUGGCCAGUGGAAGAAUAUCUUGUCAUUCAGAGGAACUCCAGAUCCAUUUUGAUGAACACAAGGUGAUGACUCUAACAGGCGGCAAACUCUCCCGAGCCCUCCAGUCCAGAGAAGUGCGGGAAGAGAGAGAGUCAAUGUCUGAAUUGAGUCAGAAACAGAAUAAGGCAUGGAAAUUAACGGUGGACACGUGGAAGCUAACUUUUCCGUAUGAGUACAAUUUUGCUGAAGCUUUCAGUGAUGAUCUCCUGUCUGUGGUCAAGUGGAUUAAGUUGGUACACAACCAUCGUCCUAAAGCCUUCACUGCCACCAGCCCACUGCCGCCUGAUGUUGUCAUAAGGGUACGGCAUUGGUUGAUGGAGAUUGGCGAUGAUCCAUUUGAGGUGAAGCUGCGGUACAACUAUGAACUACUGGAGGAUGAGUACAAGGAGAGUUGUAAACGGCUCAAAACCUUGGACAGCAGGAUAGAAGAGCUACGCAAGACCAUGUUCCUCUUUCCAACUGGGAAAAUUGAUGAACUCUACAAAAACUUACAAGAAAAGAACAGUGAGAUGUACAUUAAACGCUCCAAGUUGAUGUAUGAAUCGGCCCCAAUGCGAACUCAGCUGUUUACUUGGACUAUGGAAGAUGUCGUUAUCUUUGCUAUGGCUGACCCAACUUUCCAUGGUACAAGCAGAGUGCUGCAGCACAUGAUCGAUAUAGACCCUGAAUCACCAUGGCCGGAAGAAGAACAACAAGAGUUUUCCACUUUAUGGUGCCGGAUGGUGUCUGCAUCAUGUGCCGAAUGGAAGUUCAGGUUACGUGAUUAUCCUCAGUCUCUUUUAUACAUGAAGGACUUGGAGCUCUGGGGCCGAUUUAUUGGUGCUGAGCAGAAGGCCAGUAAAAGAGCAAUAAGAAAUGUGAAAGUUGAAGUAGGAGCCCCGUGGUCAGACGUUACAGUGGAAAGGACUAUGUCGGCUCUCAAGUUUUACCACGACUUUUCCUGUGAAGUCAAAACAUUUACAGCAGCUUAUGGACCGUGCUGGGAACCUGCUGUUGCUCAGUUUAACAUUGCAUUAUCCCUGAUCAACCAACCAUCCCAUGACCCUUCUACGCCUCUUCCAUGGUGGGAUAAGAUGCGACUCCUCUUCCAUGGACGACUGACGCUCAUGGUAGAGCGCAUGACUUUGCUGCUUCAUGCUUCCUUAGACCCUUAUAACACUACAGAAGAGAUGGAACUCACUUGGAUGAAUUUAACUAUGGACUGGAGUAAUGCAAAGUUGAUUUUUAAGGGGGAAUUAAAUGUGUAUGUACGAACGGCAUCUAAAUAUGAUGACGCCAGGCUCAUUCAUCUGCCCAACCUGAAGUUAACUGUCAAGAUGAAUUGGCAAUGUCAUGGUAACCCAAACGACCACCACUCAGUCAUGCUCUGCGCGCCAGAUAAACUUCCAGAAUAUUCAAGCAAUCAGGAACAUGAUUCAUACAGAGCAUUUCGUUCUCAACAUUUGAAUAUGAACAUUGGACUUGAAACGAGAACCCUGAAGAAGAAUAAUACCGUUAUUACUUCGGUCAUUGAAGCUCUGUUUUAUGGGAGCACUUUAAGGUGGUUCGAAAAUCUCAAGUUUAUUCUGUCUGGCGUGGCUCGUCCCACACGUCGUGGCCCUCUCUUCAACACCAACAAAGCACGCAAGCCUCAACUCUCCCGACACUACAAUACAAUGCAUCUGUCAAUUUCUUUCCAGAGGUUCGAUGUGAGGUACUGGAUGUCCGUUGGUGUUAAAAAGGGAUUUCAUCUCAGUGGGGAGCGACUUAUUCUCAGCUCAGAGCACAAUCUGUCGUUAAUACCUGUGAAUGAUGGGCUUCGACAUCGUCCUCGCAGUUGUUGGAAUAUAGUGUUCUUGAACUCUGAGCUUGGUCAUGCUCAGAUUUGGCUACAGAGUGUCUUGAAGGACUACACGUGCUUCCCAAAUGAUGAUGAGGAAGAAGAAGAAGAACAACUGGAACCACUCGCUCAGUCAGUUGAAAAGUUCUACUUCUUGAAUGUGAGUAAUGUGGCUUACAUGCGUGAGACCCUCAACCCAACUCCGUCCGGCACAAGCCAUGACCCAAGCCAACGUGAUACCCCGGAUCACCGUCUCGUGGUGUACGGCCUUAAGGGUGUGUGGACGACUAAUAACCGUGACAUUGUAUUAGCUCUCUAUGACUCCUGGACCAAAUCACAACAGUUGCGUCGUAACCUCACCCCUGAUAUAAUCAAGAGCUACAACCGUGAGGCUUCCACUCCACAGAAGCCUAGAAGUCGGUCCCUCACUGACACCAAUGCUUCCCAGAGCCUUACAUCACCCACUGCCUCAUUACAGGUACCCCCAGUACAAGCAACACCAUCACCAAUGUCUCGAUUGCAGUCUGGUCAUGCUCAAGCAAUGUUGCAACAGCUGAUUGCAGAAGCAGACAACAAUCAGGUGGCUUUCAGUGAGGAUUGCUCAAACACGGAACCAAGAGACCAGACAUUACAUGGGGUCAAGGCUUGUACAACCGAUGAUGUCAUUCACAAGAGGUGGCUUAUUGAGCUGGUCAAUAGUCAGGUGCUGCUUAAAGGUUGUGAGACGCAAGGCUACGUCAUUCUUAGUGCGGCCAAGGCACAGAUAACACAACGCAUUCAUCGGCCUGUCUGGCAGGAUCACUUUCUUGUUACUAAGACCACUUGGUAUGGGUCACUGGAGUGCAUGCAGUACUAUGCUACUGUCAGUGCUGGGGACAAGGAGACACAAAUGGACAACAUCAUGUGGCUAACAGUUGAUAAUAUAGAGGAGAAGGAUGGCCAAGUAAUCAAUGAGGUGGCAGAUAUUGUUGGCAGUGGUCAGUCAGUUGGUGGUGUUGUCUCACAAACAGUUGGAUCAAUGGAUGAGGGAGAUGAUGAACAUCAGCUGCAACGUAUAGUAUCCCGCUGCCACUGUGAAUUUUAUUAUGUAUCGUAUGGUGAGACUGGUCUGGACUUGUCACUCAUGGAAGAAGUCCAGCCUCCACUUCCAGAAGAUGACUUAUGGAACCGGAAUGUUGAAGCUGUUGAUACGUUCACUCUGAUGCACCAUGACCUGUGUGCCAGUACUAAUUCUUUACAGUACAAUAUGGUAGUUGACAUUUUGAACAACUUACUUCUCUAUGUGGAUCCAAAGAAGAAAGAAGCCACUGAGGGCAUAGCACGAAUGAGGUUCCAACUUCAGCUGUAUUCGAGAGAUGACCAGAGAAAGCCUAUCAUUAGGCUCCAAAACCAAGUCAGGUAUCACUUGUCCCAACUAAGAAGCUUGGAGAAAGAGGUGUACUUGGUUCAGAGGCAGCUGGAUAAGGAACCAAAUAAUGAACAAAAAAGGAAAGAGAAGCUCAAAUUGGAGGAGCAAGUGUCAGACUGCAAGGAGCAAGUGAACAGUCUGAGUGAAGAGUUAGCCAUGAGGAUUCACUGCUACAAUGAGAACCAGCUUUCUGCAAACCAUAAAUGGAUGGCUCUCGGCGGGGACAAACAGGUGAAAGUGAUUCGGAUGAAUGAAGUAUGCUUCAGAAAAGCCCAGUGGCGAUUGACGGAGGCAGAUGGUCAGCUGGGUAUUGCUGACUUGGUUUUGUCCAAUUUUCUGUACACUAAGAAGAACAAUGCAGAUGACAGUGGGGAACACCUCUUGGAGCUUGGCUAUGUGACCAUGAGGAACCUCUUGCCUAACCAGCCUUAUCAGGAGGUUCUCAUGCCAUCCGAGCUACAGUUGAAUAUGCCAGUUGAUCGACAGAGAACGCUGAGAAUAUUUUGCCGUGAAAAGCCACCUUGUGGAGGGAUAUCUAUUAUUGAACAUUUUGAAAUCAAUGUAGUUCCCUUGAAUAUUGCUCUGACAUACCAGUUCUUCAAGACUAUGAUGAAGUUCUGCUUCCCUGAUAAUGCAACAGAAGAAGAGCUGUCUGGUGUGGAAGUUGCAACAACUCAAAACUCUCGGGGCAGCAAGAAACAAGCAUCUCUGAGGAAAUCCCACAAGGAGUCAAACUUCUAUGUGUGUCUACAAGAUAAGGACGAUGUAGAAAUCAUGAAGCAACGGGCAGAACAGAACAAAUUAUUCGUUUACAUCAAGAUCCCAGAGCUACCUGUGCGUGUCAGCUACAAGGGCAAGAAAGAGAAGAAUAUAGAAGAUGUGUCCAACUUUAGACUGGUCGUUCCUACCCUUGAGUACCACAAUGUUACCUGGACUUGGCUGGACUUCCUUAUGGCCAUGAAACAGGAUUCCAAGUCAGCUCUUUUAUCACAGGCUAUUAAGCACAAAUUGAACCUGGCACACUUCCGGGCUGAUGAUACGUCCAUGCCCAAUGAAGAGGAAAAGGCCCGUCUCCUCCUCGGCAGCAAAUUAAUGCCUCCAGAGUCCAGAGGCACAAAGAAGAGCCUUUUUAAGUUUAACAGAUAGCCAAGAAGAUGGUAAGCUGGUGCUGAUGGUGCUUCACGUGGAAGUUGUUAAAAUGUCUUAUAAAGGAAAAUUUUAUUAAAGAUUAUACAUAUAUCAUGCGGUACUAUUCAUCUCAUUGUGAUAUAUGUGUUAUGUGAAUAUUUUAAGUUAAUUAUAAAUUCUAAUUAUUGUGGAUGAAAUGUAGAAUUUUAGGCUUUGAGCUGAAUUGAUAAUGUUCAAGUUUCUAGAAAGAUUUGUUUGAUUUAUCAUUCCUGUAGUAUGGAUGUUGAGGUACUCAAUACAGGUACCUGUACUGGUACCUUGAAAUUGUUGAAUGUGUAUGUGUGUGUUUAGAACAAGACAACUUCUUUAUUAUGCAGGAGUUCUACCAACAAGUGAAGUUCCUUGGCAAAUAUUUCUAGCCUUAAUCUUUUAUCUUAAUAUUUGGUGUGAGAUAGAACUUCUUACUGAUAUGUUGCUUGAGAAACUUGUCGUAAAUUUGAGAAAUAAUGUGCAUAUUGAAACUUGUCAUCAACUAAUAAUCUUAUAUCUCAUCCUGAUUAUUGACCAUCAUGGACCAGUAUUUAUAAGUAUCCUUAUAUACUUUUUUCUCCAUAAGACAAUCUCAUGACCACCUACAGAUCAAAACAAUGUGAAGUUUGAACUCUAUCUCUUGAUUUAACCAUUACAGUAUUCUUAUAAUUAAUAGAACUUUGCCAUCUAUGUCUACCCACAAAUAUGGUUGUAUUAUGGUUAUGACAGAAUCCGUUGUCUUUUGUUUGAUAACUUUAGGUUCCAUAUUAUUUUAAACAUGUUGAGUACUGUAUUUCAUAUUUGUAGUGAAGGUUAAUCAGGAAAAUAGAGUUUAGACUUCAUUUAUUGUGGUUCUAGUUUAGCGGUCAAUUGGUUGCUGGAAUAUCUUACACCCAUAGGAGGAGCAUUUAUUGUUGCAUGUAGAGGAUAAAGAGGAAAAUACAUACAGGACUACGGUAUACAGUACAGUAUCUUGUAUGAUCUAGAUAUGUAUGCUCAAUAUCUUUCCCAAGAAAUGUAGCGAAUGUACCAAUAAUUCCAGAUAUACAUGACAUCUUUUUUUAGCAAUGUGAUAAUUUGUAUGCAAUACUUUUGCUGUAUGUGUCUAUUUUAGAUUUGUUUAUAAAUUAAAUUGUUUUACUUGGCAAUUUAAAAAAAAAUGUUUAUGAAGGUUGUUUAAUUAUUUUUUUAUUAUAAAACUGAGUUAUUUUAAAUAAUACAUUAUAGGAAUCAUUGUGAAGACAGAGAUACCUGUUUAAUGUACAGUAUUGUUGUCUGUUGUGUAGCACUUUCAGUGAUGACAUAUUACUGAUCCACAUAGUGUCUGCAUGUGCCUUUUCAUGGUAACUUGUUGUCUUGGAGUUCAUGUUAGUUUUCAGAUACUGUUCAGUAUUUGUGACAUAUAGCAUCUGUAUACCACCCCUAAAAUUUUUUGACUGAUCUUUUUAGAUAUACAAAAGAAGAGAAAUCGGUAUAAUUCUGUAUGUGAAAUGAAAUACCGUACUGUACAUGAUUUACCGUAUUACAAUACAGUAAGACCCCCUGAGUCGGAAACCCCCAUUAGUUGGACUAAGGCCUGGGUCUGCCAUCACUCACCCUACACCUCAGAGUCAGAAUUGGUGUUAACCCUCGAUAUGCCACAUUGCAUUCUCAAUUCCGACAGUGAUUAAACCAAGACAUAAAUGCUUGUUUUAGAUGUUACUGUACAGAUAAAUAUAAGUGAAACUAAAUAGCAUAAGUGAAACUACAGUAAAGUAAGUUUAAGCGGCCCUCCCCUUUGUCCUCCAGCUUGAGAUCCAUCAAGAUUUGUCUGUUACAGUAAUCUCAAAAUUCAUCUGCUACAAUGUAAGUAGACUGUAAAUAAGUACUUUUGUUAACUUUAGUUUUGUUUUUGGAUGUGAUUUUUCAGCAAAAUGGUGGUCGAAAUUACGGGGGGGGGGGUUUGGGUGUCCAUGUAAGUCAGACUAGCUUGAGCCCCAUAUAGUCCAACGUAGGGGGUCUUACGGUAAUGUAGUUUGGGCUGAUAUUUCAAAGGAACUUUUGAAAAAUGUCCAUUACGGUACAGCUUUUCUCAUUACAGUACAAUACCAUAUUUCCAAAUUUGCAGAACUGUCGUGUUUGUUCACACUGUUAAUAAUUUUUGAUGUGUGGACAAUUGGAAGACUUAUAAUUUAUAGGAAAUGAAUUUUAAGUGUUGCAUGAAUGAGAUUGUAGUGAGAGAUAUUCUGUAUGGGAGACAUUUGAUAAUGAUGAACAAUUAUUUGCCUCAAGAAUAGCACAGAAAAUGGGUGAAAUAUUUAUAGGGCAGACUUAAACAGGACAAUAGUGUAUGUGUGAGAGUAGAUGAUAGAUUGAUUGAUUGAUUGAUUCUGCAGAGUGCAGGAGAGAGAAGGAAUAUGACACUAAAUUAUACAUCCUAAAUUCUGGGAAAAAUUUGAAUUGUGUAUAAAAGUCGGUCUUGGUACAGUAUAUAUGAUUUCUUGGUGAGGACUUUAUGUUCUACUUGUAUUUAUGUACUGUAUUGUUAUAAUUAAAAAUUUAGAAUAGAACUUAACCCCUUGUGUACGGGAUCCCCUCUAUACUGAAUAAAAUUGUCUGAUGUUAGCCGACUUAAUAUUAAAAGUAGCAUCCCUGUAGUGAAGGGGUUAGUAGAGAUAGUCUACCAACCCCUUGUGUACAGGGUCUCUUCUGUUCUCAACAAGGUCAUCAAACAUUAACAAAAUAAAAUAUUAAAAGUGGUGUCCCUGUAGCGCAGGGGUUAAGAAUAAAAUUAUGUAAAGUAAUCUGUGUUAAUGAAGUAAAAUUAUUUUCUUUGUUUUCCUUGUACAUAAUGAAGUCAUGUAUCCCGGUGAUUUGGAGUUGCACAUUAUCUUGGUUACUUAGGCCUAUUUGACAUCUCCUAUUGUAGUUUAUGUUAGUUUUCCUGUCAAGGCAGCAAGUUUAUGUAUCGUCAGUAUGAUAGAUCCAAUUAUCAGUUACCAUUGUUUAUAAUAUAUAUGUAAUACAGUAUAUACUGUACUGUAUAUGUUUGAUUUGUAUCUUUGAGUGCUUGCAUCUGUAAUUGUAUAGAUAUAUAUUUUUUCUAAGAUUUAUGAACUAAGCUUUAAAUCCAUGACCUAAUGUGUUUAUUCAAGUAAAGACCAAGGGAUUUUUUUUUUAUCUUGUAUGUUUACAGUUAUGGUACUUACAUAUUUUCUUAUUUCAAUAUAGUAUUGCCUUAAUUAAAAUACUGUAGUGUAAUAAUCAUUUGUAAAUCACCACUUUGGGAUAGUGAUAUCAAGCAUUGCAUCCACCUGGUAUUGGUGAGGGGUAACUUCACUGUUGUAGAUUUGUAUUCAUAUUUAGUGAAGCAAGUUUGGUACCCCCUCCCUCAUAUAAAAAUCCCCAGUCACUCAAGUGCAGAACUUAGAAAUAUAUAAGAAUUCAAUUCAUAGUUUCUUUAAACAUUAUAAUUUCUGUGAAAACAAUGGUGCUAAUCUUGGUUUGAUGCAAUUUUUUUCCAUUUAUCUUUCAUUCGUGACAUGUUGUAUGUUAAAAGCCAUGAUGCCGAAAUAAAUGGAUGUAAAAGACCUCAUGUGUGUGUGUGUGUAUUGGUAAUGAUAGUGAAUAUGAGUUUACCGGUAAUAGCUGUAAAACUUUUAUAUGAGAUAAUAAAAUGUUUGGGGUAAAUAUACGUAUACAGUGUGUUUUAUAUAUUUGGUGAUUACAAAUAAUCUUGCCAAUAUCAAACAUAUAUUAUGAAAAGAAAUUAAAUCUACAAUGAAAAACAAAGUACGUACUGUACUUACAGUAUUAUAUUAAUAAAAAAGAACUCAUAAAGUUGUAUUUACAAGUUAUAGUAGUUCAGUGUGAGCUGAUUUUGUGGCUCUGUAUACAUGAAAGCAGUACUGUACAGUGUUAUGUUUCCCUGUAUACAUUUUGCAACAUAUACAAAAAUGUAACAAUCUCACCAUAUUGUUGUCUUCAAAUUUUUUGAAGUUGCUGACAUUGGUUAAACAAAAACUUCAUUUGUGACAUAGCCCCAGAGGAAAAAGUUAAGGGGGUUUAAAUCAGGCAACUGAGCCAGCCAAGGAAUGGUCCCCUUGACUGUAGUUUUGUUAGAAUUUAAAUAAUGAACGUUUAAAAUGGGAGAGAGAUUUGUAAUCACCUGGUGUACUAUACAGAUAUAUUUAAUACAGGCAUAUGUACUCUGUUGGAUUAUAUAGUAGUAUUGCUUUUUUUUCUCUUUUUGCAUUAAAAAGUGAUAGAAGACAGAAUUCUAUACAGGUAUUUCUGUUACUACUGAAUAUACAGUAUACGGUGUUUUGAAAGUAAGAAGCGUUAGUAUUUGCUAUGUGGUCAACAACCGAAUGAUUUCUUUCAAGUUGUUGGUGAUUAUUUAGCACUUGAAAAUUAUUUAUUUACACCAAAUUAGGUAAGUUUUUACAUUAUUUUCUUUAAAGACAAGAUAACAUUAUUUUAAUUGUUAUUAGAUUACUUAUAUAGACUAAAGGUCUUCACAGGCAAAGUUUUAUUUAAUUACUUUACGGUGGGAUUGCUGCUAGUUCAACACCCUCUGUAAACUUGUGUAUAACACAGAAUCGGGAAUUCACUUGUCAGUUACAGUAUCAGUAUUCGCACAAAAGAAUAGGGAGGGCUCGAGAUAAGCACGUGUUUGAAAUAAAAGUUGCUGGCUUGCUAA